GCCCCGCCUCGUCUCGGGGACGUCCCUCCGAGCCGGUUUCGCCCGCAAGUCGCCGGGCACUGGCCGCAGCCUUUCUCCUGUCUCCGGGCCGCGGCGGGCUCAGGUGUGUCUUAGCUCCGGUUAGUGCCAUGAUCCGGCAGGAACUCUCCACAGCCUACCAGGAGCUGAGUGAGGAGUUGGACCAGGUGGUUGAGAAUUCAGAGCAGGCAGAUGAGCAGGAAAAGGACACGGUCAGAGUCCAAGGUCCUGGUGUCUUACCAGCCCUGGACAGUGAGUCCGCCUCCAGCAGCAUCCGAUUCAGCAAGGUCUGUCUGAAGAACGUCUUCUCAGUUCUGCUCAUCUUCAUCUAUCUGCUGCUUAUGGCCGUGGCCGUCUUCCUGGUCUACCAGACUAUUACGGACUUUCGUGAGAAACUCAAGCAUCCUGUCAUGUCUGUGUCUUACAAGGAGGUGGAUCGCUACGAUGCCCCAGGUAUUGCCCUGUACCCCGGCCAGGCCCAGUUGCUCAGCUGUAAGCACUAUUACGAGGUCAUUCCACCUCUGAGGAACCCCGGCCAGCCAGGAGACCUCAGCUGUACCACCCAGAAGAUCAACUACAUGGACCCCUUCUCCAAUCAAACCAUGAAAUCCGCCCUGGUCGUCCAGGGACCCCGGGAAGUGAAGAAGCGGGAGCUGGUCUUCCUCCAGUUCCGCCUGAACAAGAGUAGCGAGGACUUCAGUGCCAUCGAUUACCUCCUCUUUUCUUCUUUCCAGGAGUUCCUGCAGAGCCCAGACAGGGUAGGCUUCAUGCAGGCCUGUGAAAGUGCCUAUUCCAGCUGGAAGUUCUCUGGGGGCUUCCGCACCUGGGUCAAGAUGUCACUAGUGAAGACCAAGGAAGAGGAUGGACGGGAAGCGGUGGAGUUCCGGCAGGAGACAAGUGUGGUUAACUACAUUGAUCAGAGGCCAGCUGCCGAGAAAAGUGCUCAUUUGUUUUUUGUGGUUUUUGAAUGGAAAGAUCCUUUCAUCCAGAAAGUUCAAGAUAUAAUCACGGCCAAUCCUUGGAACACGAUCGCUCUUCUCUGUGGGGCUUUCUUGGCACUAUUUAAAGCAGCAGAGUUUGCCAAACUGAGUGUGAAAUGGAUGAUCAAAAUUAGGAAGAGAUACCAUAAAAGAAGAGGUCAGGCAACGAACCACAUAAGCUGAAGUUACCUUGUGUUGCUAAUAGAACUGUCCAAAUCAGUGGAAGUUACACUUCUGCUUUGAUAAACUGAACUACCAGCAAUCCUGUACUCACUUGAAGAAACGGGGCUUUGCUGGGAGUAACAGCCUGUCAAACUGGAACUUCUAACCUGGCUCAAAAAAAGGCUGUUUAGAGCCUAAUGGAGCAUAUCCAAUGAAUAAUCUAGAAGUUAUUUAAGUAUUUAAAUUAUUAAUGAACAUUUUAGAGUUGUCCAAUGAAGGAUGAAUAGGUUUUGUGGAAUAUGGAAAUGGAUAUGUAUCAGGUUUUCUGAAAAUUUUACCCAGUUGUGGAAGAUGCCUUUCUUCCUAUUUGAUUUGGUGAACAGUUAAGCUCUAGUUUAAUGAAGGCUCUACGUUCUACCUUAGGUUCCUCCCUGAAGUUUUCUGUCAUCUUUAAAAAGCAUAUGAGUUUCUUUUUCCAAAAUCUUUGACUACUCCAAAAUCUUUGACUAUCCAGAUGUGGGUCAUGCUUUGAUCUACACACUGCAUAGGAAGAAAAGCAAGACCCUCCUCUCUAUUGUCAUCUGCCAUCUACAGACAAGCUCAUUUGCUAAAAAUUAAGUGAGACAUUUUUAAAAGACACUAGAACCUAGUAAUUAAAUUUCUCAUGGACUAGCUACCUACUUAUCUGGCUAAGUACACUUGUUGGUGCAAGUAUAAAAGUUUUGAGUGAUUAACACUCAAAAGCACUUAGGACAGAUGUACAUAGUAGGUGCCUACUCAGUAUAUUUUGAUGAUUUCAUUAACAGGUAAAUACAUACAAUAGGAGUGUGUAUGCCAGUGUGAAUAUAUGAUAAAUCAGUAUUUUUCAUUCUGUGACCUCCCAAAAUAAAAGGUAGCAUGAGCCUGUAACUCCUGAGAUGGAUCAAGGUUUUAUAUAAGGUAUGUUGUAACUGCAUACAGGGAAGUAGAUUGUGCAUGGGACUGAUGGUGGAUGGUCAGGAAGAGUGACCUAUCAAGUUCUAUGAGUAAGCUAUGUUGACCUGUCACCACAUCCUAUAAAACCACCUACCUGAGAAAGGGGCAUUUCCUUGUAUGACCCUCAAGCCUUCAGCCUAGCCUUUGCCAGAGAUGAGUGUCUGUAAAAAACCAGUUAGGUAUUUUUCUCUUGGUAGCCAUUGGCUGCCUUAUUGAAGGUUUAUAAAAAUUGUUGCCAGGGUUUUAGGUUAUUUACUUUUGUCCUUUGCAUCCAAAGAGGACUUGGUAGCAUUUCUUCAAUUUUUCAUCUGGCUUUAGAUAAUUCAAAGAAAAUCUUCAAAUGUAUGAGUAGGGCAUUUUUAUCUCAUAUCAAACUUAGCAAGAAAUCUUGUUUUUUUUUGUUUUGUUUUUGUUGUUGAAUUAUUAAAGGUAAACUUGCAUAAAGAAAUAUUCCAUUACUUUUCUGCUUCAUGGAAGCAUGAGAAAUAAACUUUAGUGACGGGCUCCUGUCUUUAAAAUCUUACCAUAUGGCAAAUGCAGAGCCAGGCAUAAAAUUUAUUUUUAUAAAUACUUCUGAAACUUUACAUUAAUAGUAUUGAAAAACAGGGAUUUGUUUUUAAGGUAUUCCUAAAGGUAUCACUUUUAACGUUACUUAAAUAUCUAUCAAAAUUUGCUCCAAUGAACAUACUAAAAUGACAUUUUCUAUAUUGUGGAACGUUCUGAAGACUCCUAGAUGUGCUUUAGAAUAACUAGUAAGUAAGUGAACAGUUUUAGCUAUUUGAAGAAAAAAAAACAUAAAAUUUUUAACUGGUAGUUGCGGCCUGUUAAAAUCCACUCUGGCUGCUCUUUAGUAAACAAAAUAUAUGCCUAUAUAUAACCUAUCACAAAAUAAAAACUUAGACCUAACCUUCACUUUUUGGAAAGGCAAGUUCCAUUCUGUGUUUCGUAGAUGGAUUGUUCUUUUAACUGUGCUGUCCCCGAGCUGCCGGUGUACUGGCUGGCUUUGGAUCAGUGUGGGGAAAUCUGGAAGGAACACCCUGAUUUAGAUGGCCGGGACAAAGUGGCUGGCUGUUCAAGACCAGCUGCUUGAGACUGCUGUAAAAGUAUAAGCCAUUGUACCUAAAGGAAGAGUUUCUCCUCAGGCCACAAAGCAAAAGGAGUUUCUUUCAUAAUGACCUAAAAGUAGUAUGUGAAUUUGUGCUCGAGUUUUUAAAUGAAUGUUAAAGAAGAUGAAUUAAACAUAAGUAGUUGAAAA